ACGGUGGAUUUAGGGGGGAGAUAUUAUGAGGCUGGUGUCAUUAGGCGAUAGCUAUUGAAUCAUUCAAUCUUUACUCGUCGUUUCUUUUUCUUGAUAAUUUUCUUUCUCUCUCAGGUCAUUCCAUGGUUUUCAGAUCCCCUUUAGAGCUUUAUCCCUCCCAUUUCUUUCUGCCAAACUUCGCUGAUCGCCCUUUGCUCUUGGCGAACAGCACUCCCAGCACCAGGUCUCCAGAAGACUUGUCAAUGUUUCAGCUACCGACCCUCAACUUCUCUCCGGAGCAAGUGGCGAGCGUCUGUGAGACGCUGGAGGAAACCGGAGAUAUCGAACGGCUGGGACGAUUCCUGUGGUCCCUGCCCGUUGCACCGGGAGCAUGCGAGGCGAUCAACAAGCACGAAUCCAUCCUGCGAGCGCGCGCCGUUGUCGCCUUCCACACGGGGAAUUUCAGAGACUUGUACCACAUCUUGGAGAACCAUAAGUUUACCAAGGACUCCCACGGCAAGCUGCAGGCCAUGUGGCUGGAGGCGCACUAUCAGGAGGCCGAGAAGCUGCGUGGUCGCCCCUUAGGACCGGUUGAUAAGUACAGGGUACGAAAGAAGUUCCCUCUGCCCAGGACCAUCUGGGACGGCGAGCAGAAGACGCACUGUUUCAAGGAGCGUACACGCAGUCUCUUAAGGGAGUGGUAUCUCCAGGACCCGUACCCAAACCCGAGCAAGAAAAGAGAACUGGCUCAAGCCACAGGACUCACUCCCACACAGGUCGGAAAUUGGUUUAAAAACCGAAGGCAACGAGACAGAGCCGCAGCAGCGAAAAACAGGCUCCAGCAUCAAGGGAUGGGACAGAAUGGUAUGCGGUCUCUCUCAGAGUCCGGCUGCACUCCGCACAGCUCGGCCGAAUCGCCGUCGACUGCCGCCAGCCCCACCACCAGCGUAUCGAGCAUGACAGAACGAGUCGACACCGGAACGUCCAUUCUUUCCGUGACCUCUAGUGACUCGGAGUGCGAUGUAUGAUACAAAAAAGAGAAAUAUUUACAGGGAAUAUGGACCUGAACAACUAUGAAAUAUUUGGGGAUGAAAAAAGGACAAAUUGAUAUAAAUAUAAAAAAGAGAUAGGCCUAAAAGCACGUCUUUUUCAAGCGCUUUCAAUGGACCCACGCCUUCCCCCUACCCCCACCACUACUUGCAUGAUAUAUUUUUUUUGUAUCUGGGGAAAAUACUCUGAAUUCAUUAUUUCCACAUGGACCAUCCAGAAGAGGGAAUAACAAGAAUAUGGUGUUUAAUCGCCUUUUUCAUCUCCGUUUUAGUCCAAGUGAUGAUGCCGGUCAGCCAAGAUGCAAUCCUGUUUUACUUUAUGUUCAUCAGACAAUCAUUUAAGUCGUAAGCACCUUUUUACUACACUUCUGUCACUGCCUGUGUGGGGUACUGGUCAAAUGUUGAACUGAAUCGUUAUGACUGUAUCAGAUUUUUAUUUUUAUUUCAAGAUUUUAUAUUGAAUUAUGUAUAUCUCAAAUAAUGCGAUCAUUCUCCCGGUCUGUAAUAUACGUGUAGGAAAUAUGCUUGUACAUAUUAUUGCUCUCCUGUCUCCAUCCUCUUUUCUAUCCUUCCUCACUUUUCUCAACUUGGUGUUCCUACAUAAAAUAUUUGUCAAAGCGUAAAUCUAAGUGCUCUAGGCGUUUUGUUUGU